AUGAGCAUUGAGACGCUUCUGGAGGCGGCCCGCUUCCUGGAAUGGCAAGCGCAGCAACAACAGAGAGCACGUGAGGAACAUGAGAAACAUCGGCUGGAGCGGGAGCAGGAGCAGAAGGCCAGCGCCACGAGGGUUAAUCAUAUGCUGCCCCCUGAAGAACCCCGGAUUGAGGCCCCCCCACUUCCCUUGUCCCCUCCAGCCCCACCACCUGCACCCCCACCCCCUCUGGCCACCCCAGUGACUGUCAUCCCCAUCCCAGUGGUGACAGGCUCCCCACAGCCGAUGCCACCGCCACCUCCCCUCCCACUGCCCCCUGCCCAGCCGCUAACCCUAGCCCCGCGCCAGCCAGCCUUGGUCAGUGCACCUGGACUCAGUAUCAAGGACCCCAUCCCCCCACUCCCCAGGCCACCAGCCACUGCCACCCCACUCCUGCCGGACUCGAAGGGCAUCGCUGCACCCACAGGCAGCCCCAAACCCCUGCAGCCCUUCCCCACACCCAUCCUGACCAUCGCCCAGCACCAUGUGGUCCAACAGCCCAUUCAGCCCCAGCUGCCACCCCCGCAGCCACCUCCGCCAACAACAUUGGCAGCUCUGAAGUUGGCACCAGCUGAGGAGGUGAAACCAAGUGAGCAGAAGAAGCGGCCUGGGGGGAUCGGAACCAGGGAAGUCCACAACAAAUUGGAGAAGAACAGGCGGGCCCAUCUGAAGGAAUGCUUUGAGACUCUGAAACGAAACAUCCCCAAUGUGGAUGAUAAGAAAACAUCGAAUCUAAGUGUCCUCCGCAGUGCCCUGAGAUACAUUCAGACGCUGAAACGGAAGGAGAAGGAGUAUGAGCAUGAGAUGGAGCGUCUGGCCCGGGAGAAGAUAGCCACACAGCAGCAGCUGACAGAGCUGAAGCGUGAGCUGAGCCAGUGGAUGGAUGCACUCGAGAUGGAGCGGGUGCUACGGCAGGCAGGGCAGCCCGAGGACGACCAGGCCUCCACCUCCACUGCGUCAGAAGGUGAGGACAACAUGGAUGAAGACAUGGAAGACGACCGGUCAGCCAUGGGCCUGCCCAAGCUGAGCCAGCGACCACAGCCUGAGCUCCUGAAACCAGCUCCCCUGCCUCCUAGCACGGCUCCUGCUGCCCCGGCCCCUCAUUCCCACCCUGCGGCUCUGCAGCAGAAGCCCCCCCCUCCAGCAGCUGCCGCCCAGACCCUGGUAUCGGCCCCCGCCCACCUCGUGGCCACGGCGGGAGGGGGCUCGACGGUCAUCGCUCACACGGCCACCACCCACGCCUCAGUCAUCCAGACUGUGAACCAUGUGCUUCAGGGCCCGGGGGGCAAGCACAUUGCCCACAUUGCCCCUUCAGCCCCCAGCCCCGUGCAGCUGGCACCUGCCACACCCCCCAUUGGCCACAUUACUGUCCACCCUGCAGCCCUCAAUCACGUGGCCCACCUGGGCUCCCAGCUGCCCCUGUAUCCACAGCCGGUGGCCGUGAGCCACAUCGCCCACACCCUUUCCCACCAGCAAGUCAAUGGCACAGGCGGGCUGGGGCCGCCAGCCACAGUCAUGGCCAAGCCAGCUGUAGGUGCCCAGGUGGUCCAUCACCCCCAGUUGGUGGGCCAGACGGUCCUAAACCCAGUGACCAUGGUCACCAUGCCAUCCUUCCCCGUCAGCACCCUGAAGCUGGCCUGAAGGGGGCGUCACUUGGAGGUCCCUGACACCCCUCCCCACCAAGCAGCUCCACACAUUCCAGCCCAGCCCCCUCCCCCACCCUCAGGGGAAGGGCAGGGUGCAGAGACUGAGCCCAGAGGGAGAAGAGAAGGGACAAUGGGGGUGCUAACCCCCCCCCCCCCAAUUCGGCGCUGGGCCAGGAGGGCACGGGGAGAAAGGACUGGCCCUGCUGCAUUUGGACUUGACAAAAAACCCAAGAGACCCUUUGGUGAGCGUGGUCCCUGUGGCUCUGGUGGCUGCCUCAUUUCCGUUCUCGUCCUGUUCUGUCCCCGCCUCGCCUCCCUUGCCCGUGUAAUCAGUGAGCUGUGGAUGUGAUGUUCUUGGUUUUCGUCCCUUGUCCCUCCCUCCUUCCCACCCCCCUCACGUGCUGCUGAUGCUGCUAUUCGUCUGUAGGGUGAGGCGGCUGAGUUCCGGGGGGCGCUCCCCACCCAAACCCAGGCCGGGGCCAGGGGUGUGCCAUGGAGGUCAGUCUGUGCAGAUAACCGUUAUGUGGAGAUCUGGGGGUGAACAAAGGUGAUGGCAAGCAGAUGGUUCAGUGGGCCGGAGGGACAAAGGAGCUGGGUGGGGAGGAGGAAUUCAGUAGGGACCCCGAUAUCCGGGGGUGCCCCCAACAUCCUUUCCCUCAGCCCACACUGCAGUCUGAUUGAUCAUCUGAGGUCACUGUGAUUUGUUACAGUAGAAAGUAUUUAAGACAAUUCUCUACUAAUAAUAAACCAAAUGAAAGAGAAACCAGUGAGAUGCCCGUGGGGGUUUGUUGCUGAUGUGUUCUUCUGUCCUUCACCCCACCCCCCCAACCCCUGACACCUGCUUUUGAGGAAAAUACAGUGACUGAUUGACCUUAGAACCCCACACUGAUUUGGGGUCUUUGGGGUGGGCCCCACAUGGUCCUUAUGGAUCUGGGCCUUCUUAGCCCUAAUCUGGAGGAAGAUGCGGAGAUAGGACUUGCUAGCUUGGCCCUGGCCCUGGAUCCUUCCCUUCUCUCUGCUACUCUCUGGGCCCUUUCCUCCAGGCAGAUUCUUUCAGGGAUAGGGAAGAGAGCUGGAGCAUGGGAGGAAGGAGGCCGGAGGGGCUGAAUCCACAGCUGGGAGGAAGUGUCUCCAAGCCUCCCAGGUCCCCUCUCCUUCCCGUUGCUCAGAUACGUGGAGUUGUAACUGGUGGAUGUGUGCAUGUGUGUAUCUGUGCAUGCUCAGUCUGUGCGCAUAUGUUCGUGCGCAAGUAUGCGUGUGUGUGUGUUUCUUGGUGCCCCUCCCUCCCCCCACCAUGCAUUGAACUUGAGGAAGGGCUUUGUGGUUUGGGCUCUAGGGUCCUAGAUUCUUCUCUGGGCUGAGUUCAGGGGACCCUGUGGCCAGAUGGUUAUGACCAUGGAGGGGUGAGGCUGCAACGAUGACCCCACUCCCAGCUCCUACCUAGGUCAGACUUCCUUCUAGGUCCUGGGAAGGCCUGGGGAUCAUGUCAGUGACUGUAGCCUGCCCCCCCUUUCCUUCUGGUUCUCCCCUUAUACCUUCCUGCACCCCUCUUUCUCUCACCUCUCUGGUUCACUUUUGAUGCUUUGGACUGAGCCCGGGGAACAGUCACUUUAGCAUCCUGCUGCCUCAGUUUCUCUCUGAGGAUGGCUCUCAGGCAUUCCUCCAGAGGGGAAAGAGACCACCCAUACCUCUGCCCUGUCCCCCCAAGCCCAGCUCGAGAAGAGCUAGGGCUCGGAAUGGGGCUUAGGAUGGGGGAGGGGAGGGCCUGCUCCCCCCCAGUGCCCCCCACUAGUGAGUCUGCCUUCGGGGACAGCUUUGGUUUCUCUUCUUUUUUCACAUAGUGAUUACAAGUGACCUUGUGUAAAACACAUGCGCGUACAUGUACACUCAGAUACCCGUUCAGGCACAUACUAUAUCUUCAUAUAUAUAGAGAUACAUAUACUCGUUGCCUUCAUGGGGGCUGUUUGGCAAGGUAUCCUAAGGAUAGAGUUGGGCACCUGAGCUUCCCAGGAGUGUUGGUGACUUAUGUUGUGUGUGACCUGGGGGAGAAAGCGCUGUAGGGAGUCCUGGGGGGGUGGUGCGUCUUAAGUCUCUGGUGCCAUUCUGGAGGCCGACUUUGUUAGCUAUGGCGUCUUGGGCGUCAGGUCGGAAGAUGGGGCAACGUGAACACCUCAAAGGUCCCAAAGCAGAUUCUGCCUGGAAGGAAACCCGCUCCCCCCUUUGGACUGGGAGAUUUUAGGCAUUGGGGUUCCUUCUUGUGCUUGGUGUAUUUGCCUUUUGGGGAAUGUACAAGCAGUUCAUUCCAUUCAGUCCCUGGCCUGGGGAGAGGGGCUGGCCUAGAUGAUAACAGCACGUAGGCCUGGCUUCCCUCCCUUCCAGCUGCAGCCUCCACCCUACACCUCCUGUCAUCAUUGGAGUCCUUAGCUCCACUUUGUCCUCUGUGGAACUGCCUGGUAGGCAUUAGGCCCUUGGGGGCAGGGCAGGGCAGAGUGGAUGGGUGUGGAGGCCAGAUGGAUGGGGAGACUUGGCUGUCCCGCCUCUCCUCUCCUCCCUCCUUUCUCCCUCUUUCAGCCAUGCAGCCAUCAUGGCCAGACAAGAAUGGAAUUGAAAUUGUGCCUCCCCCCACACUCUGGGGCUUGUGCCCAGAUACCUCAUCCAUCUCCCAAGGCACCUGGGGCGGGCGGGGGUCUGUGUUGUGCUAACUGUGUCUUGAGUGGCUCCGGUGGGUGUUGUUGCCGUAGUAGUGUUCUGUUGUUUUCUGGUGAACGCUGUGAUGCCGUAACAUUGGGGGGCUGUCGUCCCCCUGCUUCCCCAGCCUCAUCCUUGUGGAGUGUCUCCUUCAGCAGCCACCGGCCCUCCCUGCCCUUGGGAUACUGAGCCCUGCCUCUCUCCCCAGACCUUCUAACUUGGGACACACACACAUACACACCCACACAGACACCCACAGACACUCACACAUCUUACCUCUCAUGUUGAUUUUUUUAUGUUCUCUAAGCGACUCACUGGCUAGGAGUCUUUACCUCGAUGGGCUCGGGUCCUCAGGGGGCUGGGGAGGAGGGGCCAGUGGGCAGGGUAAGCACAGUGGGGUGCUUUGGGGCCACACUUAGGCCCUGCCCUCUCCAGGAUGAGCCCCCGUCCCUCCUCAGGGUGUGCCCCCCCCUCCCCAAAGAGGUGGCCCUUGUUUACAGUGAGGACUCGGUCACUGUGUCUCUGUUUCCGGAAAUCUGAACCCUCAAGACCCCGGACUGUAGAGAUUUUUAUGUGUUUGGAUACAUCUGCUGUGUGAAAAAAAAAUCAAACAAAAAAACCCUACAAAAACCCUAAUUUUGUACAUAUUGUAUUUUUACUAUUGAGCUGUACUCUAGUGGCUGUUCAUGCUCUAAGACUUUAGGUAUCGGGACAUGAAUACUCUCCAUGUAAAAAAGCACUUGCCUGGAAUAAAACAUUGAAACAAAUAAACCUGCA